UUUCGAUUUCAGUUUUGUAAUCACUAUUGGAUCAGCAAAGAAUGGAAGCCUUUCUGGGAGAGACUCGACACCUUAAAUCAAACUGGAACAGGUAAAAUCAGCUACCAAGAACUUUGAUAACAACAAUGUUAUUAGAAAAGGUGGAUUUGGGAACGUGUACAAAGGAUUACUCUCUUACUCUGAAGGGAAAACCAUGGUUGCUUUUAAGCAUCUAGAUCGUAAGCAUGGGCAAGGAAAUCCUGAGUUCUUGAAAGAGAUCCUGAUGCUUUCCCGUUACACACAUGAAAAUCUCAUCUCUCUGUUAGAAUUUUGUGAUGAAGAUGGUGAGAAGAUCCUUGUCUAUGAGCAUGCAUAUCAUGGAAGCCUAGAUCGCCACUUAAGUGCUAAUGCUCUCACAUGGUUGAAACGUCUCAAGAUAUGCCUCACAGCUGCAAGGGGACUCUGCUACCUUCAUGAUCCCAAAGGAACUGAACAAAGAGAUAUCCAUCGGGAUAUAAAAAGUGCCAAUAUUCUACUGGAUAAGAGUUCGAACGCUAAACAACGAUAAUACUGCACCAUUAUGUUGGAGAUUCAAAAUGCAUGCAAAGCACAAUUUUUGUCACCACAUAGCACAUACGCAGUAAACCUUGUGUUUGGUAUUGACUAUGAAAGUAUGGACCUUUUAUUCUUUAAUUACAAAUUGGCUGAGGAGACAUACUAUUCGACUUCAUACAUAGCAGAUGAGAGAGAAGAUGGAUGGUUCACGACUGAAUUGUAUCAGUUUACUAGCACCAAGAGAAGUGCUGAUUUUGAUAUCACUUUUGAUCAUCGAGGACAUCCAUUGAUACUUGAAGGCAUCGAGUUCCAGCCUGUUGAGAGAGUGGAUCAUCAAGUGUUAGUGGAAGAGGAGGUGGAUAUGCCAGACACAUAUCGGGAACAAAAGUUGCCAAGUGAUUAUGAAGACGUACUCAAGUCAUCAAAAGAUAGUCAUGUGCAAUGGACAACAAAGAAACACCUCUACUUUGUUCUUUGCAAAGGGUUCCGAAUCAAUAAUGGUGAAGAGGUUCUAGCUACUAGAAUUUCAAAACAAGUACUAACACAGUUCACAGUAAAGAAAUGUCAUAUGCUCCCAGCAAGUAUGCAUGGCUUUGCGAAAAUUAGAGUGGAGUUGGGGGCCUUCAUGGGAAUCCAACCAGUUACCUAA